UUUCUAAAAUUUUAUUUUUUAAUUUUUUAAUUUUUGUAAAUUUUAUUAAAAGUUUCGAUUUUUAUUUUUUUUUGGAUUUUUAUUUAUUUAUUUUGUUUAUUUUAUUAAUUAAAUAAUUAUUUUUGAAAAAUUACCUGCUGAACCGGUCAACUUUUUGAUUUGAAGGUUUUUAUGAUACAAAUGUCACUUUGAAGAUUAAAAAUGUUAGUGAAAAAACUUCAGGGUUUAAAGUGCUAGUAAGUGACACUUCGAAGGUUUUUUAUGCGAUUUUCCCUUAAAAUAUAUCUGAAAUUUCUGAAGCUCUUCUACAGUUUUUCUUGAGCCAUGACUGCGCAGAAAUCUGUGUUGCAACUGAGUGUUCACGAGGAAAGGAUCAGAAAGAAAUCGUGGAAGACUGUUUCUAAGUUUUCAGGUGUUACUUCGAUAGCAAUGGAUGACAAAACCGGGAAAAUGACGGUGGUGGGAGAAGUUGAUGUACCGAAACUCGUAAAGAAGCUAAGGAAGAUAUGUACCGCAGAUAUCGUUUCGGUGGAAAUUGUUAAACCACCUGAGAAAAAGGAAGAGAAAAAGGAGCCGGAGAAACCGAAAGAACCCGAGGUUAUUGCUCACCCGGUUACCUAUUGGAACAACCAGUACCAAUACCAUCCUGCUUCAUAUGCAAGUUCUUACUAUCCACCAUAUGGGUAUUCUAGAGUUGUGGUGGAGGAACCAAGGCCUUGUGUGAUUAUGUAAUUUUUCCUAGAAUUAUUUCAUUAGUGUUAAUUAUGUUUGCACUUAAUUUUGAUGGAAGAGUGUAUUUUUGGGUAUUAUAAUCAACAUUUCCCGUAUGAGCUUAUUCGAU